AAUCAGGAAGUAAGCAGAGGAAGAGUGUAAGCGGUGCUGGUUUGAGAUGCCGUGACACAAAAUAUGUGAUGUAGUUACAUUACAUGAUAUCUAAACCAAAUCCUGAAAUUAAUUUCUUCUAUUCUGUUAGCUGUAUGCAUAAUGCUAAUAUGAGUAACGCCGAACACAGUGAGUGUGCCUCAGGCUUGACUGAAGGCGGCAUCUCGGUGCACAACUUCAGCGAGAAGCUUAUGGAGCAGGUCGUGCACUUCCAUGUGAUGAAACUGGACGGCGGCUUCUUCCUCUGGAUUGGCACUGCUCCUGUCCUCUCCAACCUCGCAGUGUCCAUGUUUAGCAGAUUUGACACCACGCCACUGUCCACUCUAGUGAUCGGCGAUCCUUCAGACCCUUCACCCACCACACUCGCACAAAGACUGACAAAGCGCACAAAGAAGCAGGUGUUCGUUAGCUUCAACCUGCCUGGGUGCCAUUCCCAACUGUCCCUUCUGGUGGAGGAAAGAAUCAAAAAAGAGCUUGAGCUUCACCCUGAAAAGUUUUAAAUAUGUCCUUGUCUCUACUCUUCUCCCUCUCACCUCCUAGUGUUUUAUACAGAUACAAAAUAAUAAAUCAGUGGAAACAAAAA